AUGAGCGACCCAGCGAGUGCGAUCAAUACCCAGCCCAACAUCAGCUCCGAGCAAAACGGUGACCCCCCUGCCCCGGCGCCUGUCCAAUCAUCGUCCGCCCAGGAAACCUCUCAGACCUCUGCCCAACCACAGCCAGCACCCGGAUCUGUCGAUGACGAGGAACUGAGCGAGCAGCCUGGCGGCGCGUCCAUCGAUGGGGCUGGUGAUCAUUCCACAACUGAAGCUGCGGGUAAGCCAAAGACUGAGAGGCAAUUGAGGCUCGACAAUGAGAAGGCGGAACGGGCGAUAGCGCGUAAUGACCAGAGAAAAAUUGGAGAUGCUCGCGACGAAAGUCUGAAUUUUCGCAGGAAAGAAAUGGAUGCUGGCAAAGUCGCUGAUAGUAUCAAACGAUUCAGUUAUCUUCUUGGCCAAACCGAACUAUUCAGACACUUUUGCGAUUUAAAAGCCCAGCGAGAGCCCGAAUUCGCAAAACUAUUGGCCGAGAGUGAAAAAAUGUGCAGCAAGAACAAAACCAAGCCCAAAGGGCAGCAUAGAGGACGAAAGACGGAAAAAGAAGAGGACGAAGAGCUAUUGGCGGCCGAUAAACAGGGUGAUGAUAGUCAAUCGGCCGCAGAUGACGAACCUUUCGUAUUCACUGAAUCACCAAGUUACGUUAAAGGGGGUACAAUGAGAGAUUACCAAGUCCAAGGCUUAAACUGGAUGAUUUCACUUUUUCACAACGGGAUCAACGGCAUCCUGGCUGACGAGAUGGGUCUAGGCAAGACCCUACAGACCAUCUCCUUCCUCGGAUAUCUCAAACACCAUCGCUCUCUUUCAGGACCUCAUCUAGUGAUCGUACCCAAAUCAACAUUGGACAACUGGGUUCGAGAGUUCGACUUUUGGGUACCCGGCUUCAAACUCGUAUCACUCAAGGGAAGCAAAGACGAGCGAGGAGACAUUUGCCAGCAGAUCUUGGCUCAAGAUUUCGAUGUUAUUCCCUGGGAAUAUAUCGUGAUCGACGAAGCUCAUCGGAUCAAAAAUGUCGACUCGAUGCUGAGUCAGAUUGUCAGGCUGUUCCAGAGCCGAUCCAGGCUACUUAUCACCGGAACCCCACUACAAAAUAACCUGCAAGAACUUUGGGCACUGCUGAAUUUUCUUUUACCGGACGUCUUCAGCAGCAGUGAAGAUUUUGACGCCUGGUUCGAGCGGAAGCGGAACGGAGCUGAGGAUUCAUCAUCAGAUGCUGAAAACAGUGUAGUGAAGCAACUCCACAAGGUCCUCCGACCCUUUUUGUUACGUCGAGUCAAAUCAGAUGUCGAGAAGAGCUUAUUGCCGAAAAAGGAAAUCAACGUCUACGUCGGAAUGACGGAAAUGCAGCGCAAGUGGUAUAAAAUGAUACUAGAAAAAGAUAUCGAUGCCCUGAGGAAAUGUUGCAAUCAUCCGUAUUUAUUUGAUGGCGCUGAAUCCCCGCCUUUCACUACGGACGAACAUCUAGUUUACAACAGUGGCAAAAUGAUUAUCUUAGACAAGCUGCUCAAGGCAAUGAAGGCUAAGGGCUCUAGGGUGUUGAUAUUUAGUCAAAUGAGUCGAGUACUGGACAUCCUCGAGGAUUACUGUUUUUUCCGACAAUACGAGUACUGUCGUAUUGAUGGUCAAACCGCGCAUGAAGAUCGGAUCGGAGCAAUUGAUGAAUACAACAAGGAAGGAAGCUCAAAGUUUGUCUUUCUGCUGACAACCCGAGCCGGUGGUUUAGGGAUCAAUCUCACGACGGCCGAUAUUGUGGUGCUAUUUGACUCCGACUGGAACCCUCAGGCCGAUCUUCAAGCUAUGGACCGAGCGCAUCGAAUCGGUCAGAAGAAACAAGUUUACGUCUUCAGAUUUGUGACUGAAAAUGCAGUCGAGGAGAAAGUCCUCGAGAGGGCUGCACAAAAACUUCGUCUCGAUCAAUUAGUCAUCCAGCAGGGAAGGUCAACUGUUCAACAAAAAGGCCAGAGCAAGGAAGACUUGGUUGACAUGAUCCAGCAUGGGGCUGAAAAGAUUAUCAAUUCGAAAGAAGACAUGCUGGUAGACGACGACAUCGAAUCAAUCAUCCAACGCGGUGAGGCCAGGACAGCCGAACUCAACGCAAAGUAUUCCCGGCUGGAUUUCGAUGAUCUGGCAAACUUCAAAACGGAGAAUAGUACUCAAAAAUGGGAGGGUGAAGAUUAUGCCGGCCAAGCAAAAAAGAAACUGGGGCUCAACUGGAUUGAACCUGCUAAACGAGAACGAAAGAUGAACUAUAGUGAGAAUAUAUCGUUCAGAGAAAUAAUGCGAGGUGGCCCAGUUGCCCCCAAAAAGAAAAAAGGACCCAAAAAGAUCAAUACGUCGGACUGGCAAUUCUACCCUCCACGGUUCAUCGAGUUGCAAGAUCGAGCUGAUUUGUACUAUAAGAAAACCCACAAUAUUAAGGCCGAGCUACCCGAGCGAGAUGAAGGAGACAAUACGUCUCCAGAGGACCUCGAAAAAGAAAGGCAAGAGUUGCAAGCUGAAAUAGAUAAUGCUGAGCCCUUGAACGAAGAAGAACUCGCAGAAAAAGCUGAAAUGCAAUCUCUGGGUUUUGAGGCUUGGACGCGAAGGGAUUUCCUGAACUUUAUCAAAGGCUGUGAAUUUCACGGGCGAAAUUCGUAUGACUUGAUUGCCAAAGAAAUUGAAAAUAAAUCAGUCGAUGAAGUUCAAGAGUAUGCUGAAGUCUUUUGGCAACGGCACGAAGAAAUUGAAGAUCAUGCUCGAUUUAUCAGCAAGAUCGAGCAAGCAGAAGCCAAGAGGAAGAAAGCAGACCGAACCGAGGAGCUCUUGCGAGAGAAAAUCAGUAGCGUCAAGCAGCCGAUGCAAAACCUCAAAAUCCACUAUGUCAACCAGACAAAAGGCAAGAGUUAUAGCGAGGAAGAGGAUCGAUUCUUACUUGUUCAACUACAUAGACACGGCUUGGGUAAAGAAGAAGUUUAUGACCUGAUCAAAAAGGAUAUCAUUGAGAGUCCAUUGUUCCGGUUUGAUUGGUUCAUCAAAUCCAGAACGCCUCAGGAGAUCAUGAGACGAUGCAACACAUUAGUCCAGCUGAUUGUCAAAGAACUAGACCCAGAGGAUGCGGAGGAACUGAUGAGGAAACGGGUGUCAAAAAACAAGAAGGAUGAAGAAGCAGGCGGUGGAGAAGGCGGCCAGAAUUCGGCGACGGCGGCCACUACAAACGGGGGUGGAGGGACGACGAACGGGAAAGCUAAGAAGCGAAAGACCGAAGAUCAUCUCGACCACCAAAACUCCCCCGCCGUUCAGGACUCUGCGGCUGCUAACAAUCUUGCCGAUUCAAACGCAUCAGGUAACAGCACUCCUAACCAAAGAAAAAGAACACGCACCAAGACUUGA